UCCAACCCAGAAAAAAAUUGCUGCGUUGCUUAGCAACCACACCAAAAGGGUUCAUGGUAGACUCUGAUUACUGCUUAUAAAUGGGUUGGUGGUAAUAAGUAAUGGUGGGUAAUAGGGAACAUUUUGUCCCAAUAAGAUAGGCUGAGUAGUAAAUUACUACAAGUAUCAGAUCUGUGAGAGAGUGUGUGUGUGUGAGAGAGAGAAAGAGAGAGAGAGAGAGAGAGGAGGAAGAGAUGUUGGGUGGAACUCGCCGUUCAGGGGCUUGUUUGAGGUGUUGUCUGGUGGUAUUUGCAGUAGCUUCGGCUCUUUUUGUAUCUGGGCCUGCUCUGUAUUGGAGGUUUAAGAAGACUAUCAAGUCGGGAAAGGCUUCGCCUUCUUGUAGCCCUUGCAUCUGUGACUGCCCUCCCCCUUUGUCUCUCAACAACAUCGCUCCUGGGCUUGUCAAUCUUUCUGUCACAGAUUGUGGGAAAAAUGACCCGGACCUCAACAAAGAGUUGGAGAAGCCAUAUGUUGACCUCCUAACAGAAGAAUUGAAGCUUCAGGAGGCAGUUGCUGAAGAACACAUGCGCCACAUGAAUAUCACCUUUGUAGAAGCGAGAAGAGUGGCUUCCCAGUAUCAAAGAGAAGCUGAGAAGUGCAAUGCUGCAACAGAAACAUGUGAAGAUGCCAGAGAGCGAGUUGAGGCAUUUUUGAUCAAGGAGAGGAAGGUAACAUCCUUGUGGGAGCGACGUGCCCGUCAAUUGGGCUGGGAAGGAGAGUAGGUAGGACAGAAACACAUCUACUUUAGUGAAAAAAAAAGAAGAAGAAAGGAUUUGCCAUUUCCAUGUAAUUGAGAAGAAUCAAACACUAUAGAACAGGCAAGCAAAUGUACUUGAAGAUGUAAUCCUUUCCUAGCAGCUCCUCUCUCUCUCUCUAUGGGUUUCUCCCAUGUAUCUAGCUUCUAUUUUACAUCAUUUUGUUUAGAAGUAAUUAUAUUCCUCUGAUGAAAAGUUGUGUUGCUGAGGCAAUUGAAGCCUGCUAUGGAUUGUGGGAAGGGUUAUCGCAUAAUGGGUUUACAAUCACAACAUUCCUAUAAUUUCUACUAGUUCGAUUUUUCUCUCCUUUCCUACAA